UUAUUAAAUUCGRUCCRAUCCACACAGUUCGCGUAACACAGCCAUUUAUURRUAAGGUUCUUUAGCAAAAUCAAAAAAUGUUGCAAUUUGCUAGAGUUGCAGUACGAAGUGUUGCUAGCAGCCACCGGACGGUCGUAACCCCACUUUUGAAUAGUGCAAUAAGUCGGCGUAAUUUUAGUGCACCUGUGGAAAAUAAGGAUCAGCCCAUCGAUAUACCCAACCCUUUCGAAAAAGAGCGACGUGUGUGCAUUCUUUGCAAACACAACAUAGUACCAGACUAUAAAAAUGUGAAAUUGCUGUCCCAGUUCCAGUCACCUUACACAGGUCGUAUUUAUGGCCGACAUAUAACAGGAUUGUGUAAACAAAAACAAGAGCAAGUAGAGAAAGCAAUUAUUCGUGCACAAAAUUGCGCAAUGAUGCCGACAUAUCACAAGGAAAUGGACUUCAUGCAAGAUCCGCGUCUGUUUGAUCCUGAAAAACCAAUACGCCCACAUAAAUACUAAAUGGCACAAGGCAAUUCUUAGAGCUUUAGCAAAGUCUGCUUUCCACUCUUCUACAGCCCGACUAAGUUCCGCAAUGCGUUCYGUGUGUUGCUUACGAUGCUCGAGUUCCUCUU